AUGGCGGACAACGACGUCCAGGACUGGGCCGAGAUCGAGGCCAGCUACUGGUCCGACACAAUCAAGGCCCGAGCAGAAGAGGACCGGAUCAUGAUUGGCAAAUUCGAGGCCAGGACGGACCCGAUGAGGCGGCGGCUUGCCGUGCUGUUUGAUGAGCGGGAGGAGUAUACCAAGCGGCUCCAGGAGAUCAAGAGGCAGUGCGAUGCUGUGGAGGCCGACCUUGACGGCGUUUCUCUGCAAUUCGAGGAGGCAAAGCAGAUCACCGCUGACGACCGGGAGCGCAAGGAUGAGAGUGCGCGGGCCUGGUUCAACUAUAACAAGUCUCGGACUGCGCAGCCACAGCCUCAGCAGAACGGACACCCGAAGACAAAGGGCAGACGAGGAAGCAGGACUGCGAGCUUCAGGGCCAAUGGCGACACGCCUGCUCGAGGAGCCUUCACUGCUGUCAAUGAGAACAGCAACGGCCACGCCGACCAGCCUGCCUCACCGGAUAGCUCCCCGCUAUCGGAGCCACGAGAUGUGUCGCCGCCCGACAAGGACCUGACAGGCGCCGAGAUCUUCGACCACGAGGGCAAUCGCAUCGUCCCUGUCAAGCGUAUCACUCGCGAAAAUAAAUUCACUCGCCAAAUUAUGCAAAUUCCCAUCCAACGUCACAUCGUCGUGCGUCCUGGCCGCAAAUUCACACAGGAAACUAUAGAUAGCAUCUACGAACCGAGCGACGCCAAGGGAGCGAAGUGGCUGAGUUGUAUGAUUCAAGCGACCGGUGAGGAGCAGGACUCGCCUUGCACAUCUUGUGUCAACCGGGCAGGAACAUGGGUCGGCUGCGUCAUCGUUGGCGGCGAGGAUUUCCCGCGAUGCGCCAACUGCGAGUGGAACCGACAGGGCUGCUCAGGGUCGUCUUAUCACCAGAUACGUGCGCGGGACGAGGACCUGCACACGGUCCGGAAAGAACACGAUUCGCCAUCUCUGGGGGAGCACUCGGUGCUGCCUUCUCGCGAGGGAAGCUCCUUCGGCGGAUUCACCCCAGUCAACAGUGGCCUGUUCAGAUCCUCCGUGACAGACGCCCCCGACGGUCCUUCGAGCGUGCCAUCCAAGCGCAAGUCCCUGCCGAGCAAGAAGGGAGGUCGGAAGUCCCUUCCUAACAUGGCGAUGACGGGCAAGGAGGACGUGGAGCCCAUGGAAGAUUCGAUCUUGGGCAACGGAGAUGGAGAGGAGGUUGUGGAUCCCAGUGACCCUGGCCCGGAGAUUUCUAAAGAGACUCUCCUCCUGCGGGACAACGGCGUCGAGUUCACAGAGCCUGAGAUCAUGCGCGGUGUGCCGCUCGAGCGCAUCACUCCAGACCACCCCUACUGGGACCCUAAGUGGGAGGUACUGGAUCAGGUGACUCAGCAGAAAUUGGACAGCUGGAAGCGGAAGUUGGAAGAGUGCCUGGCUCUCAACAAGAACCGAUUCCUGGCCGGCCGUCAGGUCAACCGCGGAAACACGAUUAUGACUUUCCUGCAGAAGACCGACUUCCACCCCUAUCAGCUCGUUGGCAAGAAGUGGAUCACGAAGGGCCUUGUCAGCUACGACACGAUUUUCCGCCUGGCACAGGUGAUUGAAGAGCUUCCUAAACUCGGAGUUGACGUGACGCCAGUGGCAUGGGUUCGCCAGCGCAUGCACGAGCUCUCCGUGGAGCAGGGUGAGAACUUCAGUUUGGCGAAGACGGUUCACGAGCUAUACCACGAUCCCAAGCUGAGAGCCCUCCGAACAAAGGCGGGUGUGGGCAAUAUCGGGCGACCUUCUGGUGUAAAGAAGGGCAUGACUUCAAAGGAGGCGAAGGCUAAGGCGAAGGACGCCAAUGGAACCCCGGGUAGGAAGCGGAGGCGCCAGUCUAGCGGAAGUCUUAAGCAAGAAUUGAAGCAGGAAGACCAGACCAGCCCUACGGGUUUCCCGACAUCGCCGCGCAGUGCCAAGAAGAGCAGGCCUAAUUCAUCAAGCAAGCACGACAUCGAGACAACUGUUGGAAUUUCCCCUUCUCUCCCCUACCAUACACGGGGAAUUUUUAACGGCGCGGAUCAAGACGAGUUCGCUCACGACGGCUACACGUCGACAGACUCGUAUAGUGGCGACAGCAUCAUGUCGAUCGACUUCCGCGUGAUGCAGCUCAAAACGGCACAACACACCACCAACAUGAGCCACACGCAGUACUGGCACUGGAUCAGCGAUAAGACGAGCCCCCACUUCGAGCACCAGGUCCUGCGCACGGUCGAGCCCUCGGCCUCGUGGGGCGUGUACAAGGAGCCGCUCGACUUCCACCUGCGGCUGCACGAGCUCGACCUGGUCGAGUACUGCCUCGACAGCGGCACCGACUGCACCAAGAUCGUCGUGCACACGAGGCCCGUCGCCAAGGUCGAGCACCGCGGCAUCUUGAUGGCGUUCUUCAAGCGGCAGAGGACCCUGAAGCGGUUCUUGGGCUUCCUGGAGAAGAAGGGCGUCACCCUAGUGAAGCGACCUGCUGAGUACAUAGAGAAGCAGUGGAUUAGCAUUGAGUCGGCCGUGCUUCCUCGCAGCGAAGACGACGAGUAG